GCCUUAUAUGCAUAAUACAAUACGCCUCUCGCUUUCACGCGGGAGCUGAGGGGCCGAUGAAUAAUAAAUACCCUAAACCCGCCCAUUUCAUGUUUAUUGAUCGCUUCUCCGGCAGGCCCAUCUGACAGCAACUCACAUUCCCGUCUGGACAUGGCGUCGCUGCGCCGACGCGCGAUGCGUUUGCGCCUCUCUGUGGGAAUUCGCCGGGCGCGCGCCGGGGCGGCCCUCCUUGGUUCCCGUCGCUGGUAACGGCGAUCGUUCAUGGCGAUGGAGGACGAGGACAACAACGCAGCGGCCGCGGCCGCGGCGACGAACGCCAAGCAGAAAGCAGCUGAUGUCGGGGAUGACGGGGCUCGCGUCGACAGGCAGCCGGACGCGGUGGCGCACCGAGCGGGGCAGAAUCCGACCAGCCGCAGUGGUCCCGGAUCUCACGCUGCGACGGGGAUCCGAGUGCUAAAGCGUAACAUGAAGAGGAACGGGAGUCGUGGCUGCGUGACGAGAAAAAACCGAUUUGGAUCAAGAGAGCGGGACUGGCUAAAGGGGGACACCCAGCGGGGCUGUGUGUGUCUGUAUGGGGGGACAGUGGACCCCCAGCCACCUGCAUCUGGUCCACAAGCCGCCUCCACCCCUCACACAGACCUGCAGUUGGUGCUGUGCUCCACCACCACCACAGUGGAGGAACUGUGUGCUCAGAGGGACGGACAUGGACUCUAUGUCCAGCUGCACGGAGACCUAGUCAGGCGGCUGGACCCCAAUGAGCGUCCGCUCCAGAUGCUGUAUGACUACCUGGCAGCUAUGGGCUACACGGAGCCUGUACGAGUGCAGCAAGAAGCCGCCAACUCAGACCUCAGCUGUUUGAUCCGCUUCUACACUGAGCCUCCAGUGAAUGCAGACCAGCAGGAGAGGACCCUGCUGAAAGGAAUAUUCAACGUCCGGAAGGGCAAGUCGCAGCUGCACAAGUGGGCCGAGCGGCAGGUCAUCCUCUGCGGCACCUGUCUAAUUGUGGCCUCCGUCAAAGACAGCCUGACUGGGAAGAUGCACAUCCUUCCCCUUGUGGGGGGAAAGGUGGAGGAGGUGAAGCGGAGGCAGCACUGUCUGAUGUUCAGCUCGGCCGGAUCUCAGGCCCAGACGUACUUUGUCAACUUUGACGCACUCGCAGACUACCAGCGAUGGCAUCGGCAGGCAUCAAAAGUGGUGUCUCAGACAGUCAGCCUGGUGGACCUGUCGUGCUACAGUCUGGAAGUGGUGCCUGAAUAUCUCUUCUACAGUCAGGACAUCACCCACCUCAACCUGAGGCACAACUUCAUGUGCCUAGAGGGGCCUGGGGGUCUGCUCAACCUCCCCAAGUUUUCACAGCUGAAGAGCCUGAACUUGUCUCACAACCGCCUGGGUGUGUUCCCUGAAUGUGUGUGUGAGAUCCUCACCCUGACUGAACUCAACCUCUCCUGUAACAGUCUGGAAACAGUCCCUGUGCAGAUCGGCAACCUUCAAAGCCUGCAGAUACUGUCUUUGGAUGGAAACCAUCUCAGCUCCCUGCCCGAAGAUCUGGGGGGCCUGUCCCAGCUCAACAGCCUCGGGCUGUCCUUUAACAACUUCUCUCACAUCCCCGCUGUGCUGGAGAGGCUGAGCGCAGUGGACAAGCUGGCCAUGGCUGGGAACAGAGUGGAGCGUCUGGAGUUGUGUACUCUGGCCAGAAUGAGCCACCUGAAAAACAUCGACCUCCGAUUGAAUAGGCUGCAUUGCGUGAAGAGUGAGAGUCUAGAGGCGGUGAGCCAGGUGACCCAGCUGGAUUUACGGGACAAUUGUUUGGACUCCUUAGACCUGAGCUCAGUCUGCAACCUGGAGACCCUGCACUGCCAGCGCAACCAGCUCGCAACACUCACACUCGGCGGUUUCACACUGCGCAUGCUUCACGCCAGCAGCAACCGACUUACAACAGUCAACAUCUAUCCAGUCCCCAACCAGCUGACACACUUGGACCUAUCACAGAACCUUUUGGAGUACCUUCCGGACUGGGUGUGUGAUUGCAGAAAAAUUGAGAUGCUGGACGUUACGCACAACUUCCUGUCUGAGCUCCCUUCCAGACUGCUCAACAGCUUGAGUUUGAGAAAGCUGCUGGCGGGGAACAACUGUUUGCAGAGAGUGCCUGACCUACUUGACCACAUCCCUCUGGAAGCCCUGGACCUCCAGCACAACAAGCUAGCCGAGCUCCCUGAGAGUCUGUUUUACAAGGCCUUAAACCUAAAAUACUUAAAUGUGUCAGCCAAUGCCCUGGACAGCAUUCCUGCCAGCAGCCCAUCCGAGGAGAGCCUCAGCACGCUGCAAGAGCUCUACCUGACGGCCAACCACCUGAAGGAGAACUGCGGAGCUCUGUUGGUCGGACAUCAGAACCUGCGGGUCCUUCAUAUUGCCUACAACCAGUUGCUCUCCUUCCCCGCCAGUAAACUGAGUAAGCUGGAAAUGCUGGAGGAGCUCAAUCUAAGUGGCAACAAGCUAAAGGCUAUCCCCUCUACUGUGUCCAGCUGUAAGAGACUGCAUACCCUCAUAGCACACUCCAACAACAUUACCGUCUUUCCAGAGAUCCUCAACCUGCCUGAGAUUAAGCUUGUAGAUCUAAGCUGUAACGAGCUGACUGAGAUCCAGCUGCCGGACUCGCUGCCUUCCACUCUGCAAGAGCUGGACCUGACAGGCAACAGCAGCCUGCUGCUGGAACACAAAACCCUCAAUCUCUUCAGUCACAUCACCACUUUGAAAUUAGACCAGAAAUCCACCAUGUCAGCAGGAGACUCACAGAGUGGACCCACUCCAUGGAACCACGGCUACUCUGAAAUGAGCGGCCAAAGAAACAAGUUGUGUGUGUCUGUACUGGCCGUGGACCAGUUUGGGGACGGCGUGGAGGCGUGUUAUGGUAUCUUUGACGGAGACCGCAAUGAGGAAGUACCUCGGCUGCUGCAAUGCACCAUGGGAGAUGUGCUAUGCGAGGAGCUGCAGCACUCCAGUAUUGACAGUGUGUAUAUGUGCAACACUUUCCUCACCUCACACAGGAAACUAGGAAUGGCUGGCCAGAAACUGGGUGCUUCUGCCUUGCUGUGUUAUAUUCACCACGAGCCUUCAGAUCCAGGAGGCUACUUCAGCCUCACCGUGGCCAACGUGGGCACCUGCCAGGCAGUGUUGUGCCGGGACGGCCGACCUGUACCUCUCUCUAAGGUUUACAGCUUGGAGAACUGCACCGAGGAGAUGGAGAGAGUUAAACUCAGUAAAGCCAUUAUUACCGAGGACAACAAAGUGAGUGGCGUGACAUGCUGCUCUCGCCUGCUAGGCUGCUCUUAUCUGUCUCCUUGGGUGCUUCCAAAGCCCUGGGUGCACACUGAGCCCCUCUGUACCAAGGAUGAGUUCUUGAUCCUGGGGAAUCGAGCGCUGUUUGAACGGGUCUCGUACCAGGAGGCCGUGUGCACUGUGCAGGCCGUGCGGGAUCCUCGCGCCGCUGCCAAGAAGCUGUGUUCACUCGCUCAGAGUUAUGGGUGCAAGGACAACAUUGAGGCUGCGGUGGUAUCCCUGCACAUUGUGGAGGACAGCUGUACCUGCGAGCCGCCCGUCUCCUCCACCGAACCGCGGUGUCCCCCUCCCAUCGCUGCGCCGGCCCCUGUGACCGUGACCCUGGGCCCCACUGACCCAGUCGCCCUUUCAUCCAACGGCGGCAAUGUCGCCGAGCUCAACAGUGAGGCGUCCACCUCGGAGAUGGGCAGCGAGGCGGGGUCCACCGCUUCGGACGAGCACCCGUCCUCGGCGCCGGCAUCCCGCCCGGAGAGACGCUGUAGCCUCCACCCUGCUACCACACUGUGUGGGAUCAUGGUGCCGGGCGCAGUUGGGGCAGGAACCCAUCUGGGCCUAUUCCAGCGGCAGCCGUCCUGCACUACGUUCUCAAGCAACCACUCUGACAACGGCUUGGACAGUGACGACGAAGCUCCACUCGAGGGUGUCAUCUCCAAUGGCAGCAAGUUGGAAGUAGAGGUUGACAUUCACUGUUGUGCUUUCCAGCUACGCUCAGGGCUCCCUGAGAGCUCCAAAGACUCGGACCUCGACUAUCCCAAUGGCAAAAUGCGCAGGCAGAACAGCGUGGUGGUUUCUGCCACAAACGGCUGCCUUCUGGCCGUGUGUGGGAGAGAGAUGGCAGACCUCAAAAAGUCUCCUUCCACAUCCAGCCUGUUCGGGAAGAAGCUGUCCAACGGCUCCGUGGUGGCCCCCGAGGACAGUCACAACCUCAUUGAGGUGGCGCUGGAGGCUCCGAAGAAGAAAUCCGGCUACUUCACUGCCCCAGCACAACAGGACCCUGAGGACCAGCUCAUUGUGCCUCCGAGUCUGGAGCAGGAGGUCAGGGAGCAGCUACGAGGCCACAGCGCUCUAGUCUCUGCCCUCCCUUUGGCCCCUUUAGCAGCCAUACCCCCUUCCUGUAAAGACUCUGUGUGGGACCAUUCACACCCGCCUGCAUUUCCUUCUAACCUGGUCCCAGGUCCAGGACCGGUGCCCCUCCCACAGCAUGAAGUCUACGAUACCGCCCUCUAGAGGGAGAGUGCUGUGUGUGGGGAGAGGAGGGGGAGGGGGGGGAGGGGGUAGCACAGCGUCAUAUGGCUGGAAUUCUGUGAUGGUGCCAUUUCAGGGAAGAAGUGGAGAUUUUUCACAAACACAUGGGGGAUAUUCCAAUUCAAGUUGCCAUUCAUAUCCGAGUGUCAAAGACAUUUGGAGCAACCAAAAUCCCAGUUCCUAAAAUGUCAUUAUCAUUGACCAAAACAAGCCUGACUUGAGACGGGAUACCUCAUCUGUUAAAACGCGUCAGCAACAUUUCCCUUUACUUGGAGAGAAAGCAACCUGGAGGGUGUGACGGGGAGAUCAAACCUCGUCUCAGAAGGCUCCGUGGUCCUGAAGAGAAGUCCUGUGACUGAAACUUGAAAAAGUGCCUACUGCAGACGACUCAGCCUAAAGCGCUCCCACAUCCAAGCUGUGUUUGGGGGUGUGAGCUCGUUAGUUAAUUUCAGAGGAGGGACGGUGUCUCCAGAAGACCUGCACUGGCACAGCUUCUGCUCUCCUGCUCUUCCUGUGGCUUAUAAUGGAAAUCAGACAGUAUGAAUACUUGUAAGGCACAAGAGAAAGAAACUGUAUUUACAUAGCCAGAAACUUUAUGGUUGGGUUUUAUUUUUAACAUUCCCACACAAUAUGUAUAGAAUUGUCUAUAUAGGAUUAAUUAAUUCUAUACAAUAUAGUACACACUAGCAAAUAGCAGCCGACUGAUGUGGCGUCCUUGAGCUGCUGACACCAAGAUUGAAAAGUAUCGCUUUUCAGAACAAUGCAUUUUGAAUAGCUGUCAAAAAUGAUUUCAAAGUCAUUCAACUGUACAGAGCAGAGAUGUUGAAGAGUUCAAAAUCCCAUGUGACGGUGCACGAUCGAAUGGUUAAAACUGCAUAGAGGAAUUCAAGUUUAGUUUUAUGGUGCCAGAUUAGUGGACCCCAGGAUGUUUGGAGAUCAUUUCUUAUUUCAUUUUUUUCAAGAGAUGAAGGAUGAAAGCAGUAUUGAUAUGUACUUUAAGAUAUGUCCACUGGUAUUGCGUAUAUUUAAGGGGCUGCUGCUCUAUUGAACAUGUAAACAUCUGUUCAUGUCCUUGGAAUCAGAUUCAAUUGUUUAUUUUUUACAAAAUAGCAAACAUUUAUUUCUACUUUGCUCUGUAAUGCACUGCCUACACAUCCAGAUGGCCCAUUACAUUAAAUUACAAAGGCAACCAAAUCAGGUCUGUGUUCAAAAGAUCCCACUAAGUUUGACCCAGAGUCCUACAAGUAAGCGCAGACAUUAGGGACAAAGAAACAAUUUUCUUUUUGCUUCCAAGUAUUGCAUAUGUGCCAUUUCCUGAUCAGGGUUCAAUACUAUGGAUCACACAGUUGACAUAAUAAUAAUAAUGAUUAUCAGUGCACCAAUAGAAUGCACAGGUCCAGUACGUUACUAAAAGUAUAUAAAGGCAUUUUCCUAUAUUAAGUUCCAAGCUGUUCAGCUGGUAAUAUUGUCACUUCAUAGUCAUCUCCAUUUUUUUUCUAAUAUUUGUAAGAUGAAUCAUAUUCAUCUCAGUUGAAAGUAAAACAAAAGAAAACCUUUGACUCAUCAGGUCAGUGUAAAGGAGCCCUGGCCGCCUCAGUUUGCCCCUUCUUGAACCUUCCCACCUCGUGCCAAAAGAGAAAGCAGCUGUGCCGGGGCUGCUGUGUUUUGAGAAGGCCAAAGCUGAUUAUCACAUUACGUGAAUAUUUUUGGUAACCACUCCAAGUCAGUAGUGCUGCAGUUCUGGCAAAUCUACAUUUGUUGCAAAGCUGCACCUUUUCAGUGUUCCCCUUUAGCCUUAAAGUAAACACUUCUCAGUAUUUUUGAAAGGAGAAGUCCGUUGUUUCAUCCCAUGUUCUAUGUGUCGCCGUGUGGUUUGGUGAAGCAGCCCCUCGGCCCUUUCUUUGCUCCACGAGAAUGAGUGAUAAGUCAAUCAUGAAGCCUUAAUUGAUGUGUGAGUCUGAAUCCUUUCUUGUAUUGUCUCACAAUUAAAAAGCACUUUGUACAUAUAGAAUAGUGAUAUUCAGAGUAAUAUAUAUUUGAGUUUAAUAUAUGAGCUAUUUUUCAACAUAGUGUGCUUUUAUUAUUGGGGCUUCCCUCAGUCGAACAUAUCACCUCUUGUCCAUGAUUACAUAGCUAACACAAACUGUGCUUACUUAGAGUGACAACGAGACAAUUCACAUUCACUUCAUGGACGUUUUCAAUGUGACAAACAUUCCUUAUUUUAUUUAAGCGCAGCAUUCAAUAACAUCCAGAUUUUACUGAAAGAUAUUUAUAUAUUAGACAUCAGUACCUCAAAGGGCACUAAAUAUGUUUUCAACUACUCACACUAACACUAUUCACCUAAUUUAUUCUUACGAAUUAGCUCCUCCCCUUCCUCCACUGGCAGGAUACAAGUCAAUACAGUUCGUAUUGUUUUUUUUAUUUAUAACCCAGAUUGAUCUUGGCUUGAAACAA